ACAUCCAAUCUCCGUAUCCAACCCUGCCAUUCUUAUUAUUUCCCUCCCUCUCUCUCUCUCUCUCUCUCAAACCGAACCAACACGCAAAGCGGCGCCUCUCAACUUAACCGGCGGCGAUGGGUGUUCCGGCGUUUUACCGGUGGCUGGCGGAGAAAUAUCCAAUGGUGGUUGUAGAUGUCAUUGAGGAAGAACCGGUGGAGAUUGACGGCAUUAAAAUCCCCGUGGACACAUCUAAACCUAACCCUAACCAAAUUGAGUACGACAAUCUCUAUCUCGAUAUGAACGGAAUCAUUCACCCUUGUUUUCACCCCGAAGACCGGCCUUCUCCAACCUCUUUUAAUGAGGUGUUUCAAUGCAUGUUUGACUACAUAGAUCGGCUUUUUGUGAUGGUGCGUCCACGUAAACUGCUUUAUAUGGCUAUUGAUGGUGUUGCCCCAAGAGCAAAAAUGAAUCAACAGCGCUCUAGACGGUUUAGAGCAGCCAAAGAUGCAGCAGAUGCGGCAGCUGAGGAGGAGAGGCUAAGGGAGGAAUUUGAGAGGGAAGGCAGAAAACUUCCUCCCAAACAAGAAUCUCAAACUUUUGAUUCUAACGUCAUUACCCCCGGGACUGAGUUCAUGGCGGUUUUGUCGGUUGCGUUGCAGUAUUAUAUUCACCAAAGAUUAAACAAUGAUCCCGGAUGGAAACCCAUAAAGGUUAUCCUUUCUGAUGCAAAUGUUCCUGGUGAAGGGGAACAUAAGAUAAUGUCCUAUAUUCGUCUUCAAAGAAAUCUUCCUGGUUUUGAUCCAAACACCCGUCAUUGUUUAUACGGUUUGGAUGCUGAUUUGAUUAUGUUGGCUUUGGCUACUCAUGAAGUUCAUUUUUCAAUACUUAGAGAGGUCGUAUAUACUCCUGGACAACAAGACAAGUGUUUUCUUUGUGGUCAAGUAGGUCAUUUAGCAGCAGCUUGUGAAGGGAAGGCAAAGAGGAAGGCGGGUGAGUUUGAUGAAAAAGGCGGUGCUGAUGCCGUGCCGAAGAAGCCAUACCAGUUUCUCAACAUUUGGACUCUUAGAGAAUACCUUGAAUUCGAGAUGAGAAUCCCUAAUCUUUCCUUCAAGAUUGAUUUUGAACGAAUAGUUGAUGAUUUUAUCUUCAUGUGUUUCUUUGUUGGGAACGAUUUUCUACCACAUAUGCCCACUUUAGAAAUUCGCGAGGGUGCAAUAAAUUUACUUUUAGCCGUAUAUAAAAAGGAGUUCAGGACCUUGAACGGGUAUCUAACUAAUGGAAGCAAGGCAGACCUUAGCAAAGUGGAACAGUUUAUUCAGGCUGUGGGUUCAUAUGAAGAUCAAAUCUUUCAGAAAAGAAGCCGCUUGCAUCAGAGACAAGCCGAAAGGAUAAAACGAGACAAAGCUCAAGCAAAAGCUCAAAAGACAAGAGGAGAUGAUGCUAGACCAGAAUUAGAACCUGAAUCAUUAGUUGCAGUAGGGCGGUUUCAUGGGUCACGACUUGCUUCUGGGCCUUCACCAUCACCAUACCAAUCUAAGGGUGACUCGCGAGCGCAAAAACUUGCACGCAGGUCUUCUGGGUCUACUGUUGGUGCUGCCAUCGUUGAAGCUGAGAGCAGUCUUGAAAGAGAUGAUCCACUUGACAACAAAGAAGAACUGAAAACAAAACUGAAGGAGAUACUUCGUGAGAAAUCUGAUGCUUUUAAUUCUGACGAGCCUGACGAGGAUAAGAUAAAACUGGGAGUGCCUGGUUGGAAAGAGAGGUACUAUGAAGAGAAGUUUUCUGCAAAUUCCCCAGAAGAACUUGAGGAAAUACGGAGAGAUGUUGUUCAUAAAUAUACUGAAGGCUUAUGUUGGGUGAUGCACUAUUACUAUGAAGGUGUCUGUUCUUGGCAAUGGUUCUAUCCGUACCAUUAUGCACCGUUUGCUUCUGAUCUUAAGGAUCUUGGAGAACUAGAUAUUAGUUUUGAACUAGGUUCACCGUUUAAACCGUUUAAUCAGCUGAUGGGCGUGUUUCCUGCUGCAAGUUCCCAUGCUCUUCCUGAACAUUACAGAAAAUUAAUGACGGAUCCAAAUUCACCCAUCAUUGAUUUUUAUCCAACAGAUUUUGAGGUCGACAUGAACGGCAAGCGGUUUGCAUGGCAGGGAAUAGCAAAGUUGCCAUUCAUAGAUGAAGCUCGUCUUCUUGCGGAAGUGGAAAAAGUGGAACAUACGUUAACGGAGGAAGAGGCUCGGAGAAAUAGCACGAUGUUUGACAUGCUUUUUGUGGCAUUAUCACACACAUUAUCUCCGUAUAUAUUUUCUCUAAACGACCGUUGCAAACAAUUGUCAGCUAAGGAACGAGUUGAAGUCAAAGAGCAAAUUGACCCGUAUGCAAGUGGUGGAAUGAACGGAUAUAUAUCUCUUUGUGCUGGGGAUCCAUGUCCUCCAAUAUUCAGUUCACCUGUUCACGGGAUGGAUGAUAUCUUGGACAAUCAAGUCAUAUGCGUUCUAUACACACUUCCGGAAUAUCAUAGCCAUAUAUCUCGACCACCUGCAGGGGUCAAACUGCCAAAAAAGACUGUAACGAUAGAUGAUGUUCCACCAGCGCCUGCCUUAUGGCAUGAAGAUACUGGAAGGCGGCCAUGGGAGAACGGAAGGAACGGGCAAAACAACAGGCACGAAAACCAUAACCCUCGUGGAGCUAUUUCUGGUCGACACCUUGGAGAUGCUGCACAUCGACUAGUCACUAAUAGUAUACAAGUAAAGCCGGAUAGACGUAAUAAUCAUUAUCAACCCUAUGACCCGGUCCCACAUGGCCCACCUCCUCACUACCCACCCUACCAGAGUAAUAGACCCUACUACAGUCAGGACCCAAGUAGGAUGGUCCAACCCAGUUCAGGUUAUCCUCCACAUAACUAUGACCCGAGCUACGGUCAGCCUUAUGUUUCAAAUAGCCAUUACAAUAGGUCAAACCCUCCACAUGGAUACCACCAGAAUCAACAUGGAUAUGCUCCACCACGUGGGCCCCAUCAACAUCAACAUUUGCCUGCUAGCAGUCAUUACUAUCCUCAGCAGGGUGGUCGUGGUUAUGCGUACGAUGGCGAUGCCAAUUAUCAUCAUCAGCAACAUCAACAUCAACAGGGUGCCGGCUGGGCCCCUCAUGGGAAUCCGGGCGGCGGCAGAGGCCAGGUCCGCCCUCAACACAGCGGUGGCAACCAGUUUUCAGCAUUGAGUAGGGAUGGAAGCAGUAGAAGGUCACAUCAGCCUCAUCGGCGUUAGACGGUAUGGAAAAUGUUUGAAUUUUUGAGUUUUUUUUAAUUCAUUAACAUGUUGUAUCAUAGUCUGAUAAUCCUUUCUCUAUAUUGAAUUGCCACCGAAGGUUUACGUAUAGGUUAGGUCCAGAAGAUGAUUGGAUCCUUGUUCUGUUGUAUACAACCUUUUUAUGUGUCUUGUCACUUUAUUGAGUUGACAGAACUUAGAACAUCUUUA